AGCAGCACAAGAUUGCAAUAUGAGACUAUCAGUGGUAUUCUUGAUCUUGACGAUUGUGGUGUGUGCCAUGUUCCAGGAAUCCGAAUCCUUCUUUUGUAAAGCAAGAAAAAGUAAGAAAUGUUGUUGUAAACCUCGAUGUCAUAAAACAACCACCACCACCACCACCACCACCACCACUACCACCACCCCAGCCACAGGUAGAAAAAGACGCGACAUCAUGGACUCAAUUCCAUUUGAAUUUGAAAAUUUAACUCCAAAUGGAAACUAUGACAAAUUUGAAAAUUCAAUUCCGGAUGGAAGCUAUAAAAAUAAAAUGUUAAGAUUUUAUUAG